UCCAUGACAACUAAUGGUUAAACAAUGAGCAAACUAUGUGGAAAAAUAAUGGUUUAUCGUCUUUUCUGAUAUUUUUUUUUUGAAAUUUGUAUUCCAAGUAUGUGAUACAAACUGAAAACGCACAAGAAAUAGGUUACUUCAAAAUAAAGAAUUUCGAAAUCAAUGUUGAAAUAUGCCAAUAUGUCAGACACGUUUGGAACAACUUCAAGUCUUGAAACUUUUUCAAUCCGUUCGAGAGGAAAAUAAAACACAAAUUGAAAAGCUAGCUACAAAUGGUGUCCCUGACUUGAUCAAUUACUCAGAACCUGAAAAUGGUGAUACUGCAUUGCACAUUGCUGCUUGCAAAAAUAACAAAGACAUGAUCAUGUUCCUAUUUGAUAUGGGAGCUAACCCAAAUGUCCUUAAUAAACAACAUGAAACACCUGCUAUGAAGGCAGCAGAAUAUGGUCAUAUUCAAUCUUUGGAAGUGUUGGCUCAAGCUGGCUCAGAUAUGACAGUUUAUAAUAUCGACGGUAAAGGAAUUCUAUUUUACUGCCUGACAUCAACACGCCACUUAACUGCCUUAAAAAUGGCAUUAGAACAUGGUGCUGAAGUGAAUAAUGUGACAAAUGAUGGAGUGCCUCUCUUAGUGAAAGCUGCAGAAGAUGGUCUUGAGGAAUUUGUUGUGGACUUGUUAGAAGCUGGUGCUGAUCCAAAUAGCAAACAUCUGAAAACGUCAUUUUCAGCAUUGCACGCUGCCGCACUAUCAGGAAGUGUAGAAUGUUCAAGGUCAAUUCUUGAAGCAGGUGCAAAUGUGGAUGUCUUAGAUGAAAAAAACAUCCAUGCCUCCCAUCUUGCAACAGAGCAAGGUCACCUUGAUGUUAUCAGAUUACUUGCAUCAUAUGGAGCUGAUCUUGGUAAAAUCAACAGACAGGGAAACCCUCUUCAUAUUGCUGCUAUGAAAGGAUAUGGCCAGAUUUGUAAAUUUCUUGCACAGAGAGGUUGCUCCUCUUUUAAAAACAAGGAAGGAAAGCUUGCAAGAAUAAUUGCUAAAGAGAACGAGCAUAAGGAAGCAAUGAAAGAAUGCAAGAAAGCAGAAAAAGCUGAGGCAAAAGGGAGAGGCAGUAAGCCUGGGACUGAGCCAUAUGCUAUCAGACUUUAUGAUUGGAUGAUGGAGCAACAAGAGAAGAUACUAGAUUUGUUUUAUAAGUUUGAUGUUGAAAAUGAAGGUGGUAGUCGUUCAGGAAAACUGAGCAAAGAUAAUUUGAUGACAUGUUUACUAACAUUAGGUGCACCUAUUGACAAUGAAUUAUUGAAAAAGAUAAUUGAUAUUCAUGAUCCCAAUAGAACAGACUCUAUUGACUGUUCUAUCUUUCUAACGGGUAAAAAAUUUGUAAACAAGUUGUAUCAAGUUGGAGCAGUGAAGAAAAAGAAAAAGAAAGGAGGUGGAAAAAGGGGGAAAAGAAAAAAAGGCAAGACCAAAGUUCCUUUGCCUAUAUGCACAGCUCCAGAAGGUCCAAGAAACAAAAAUGGUGGUCCACCAUCUCAAUAUAUAGAGCAAUGCACACUUUUUACUGAUGAGACAAGAUUUAAUCGAGAUCACCCUCCUGACCACCCUAUACAUGAUGACUCUGCUUGGUAUCUUAAUUCACCAGACCCAAUCUAUGUAAGUCUUGGGGAUGCUGUGAAGUUUGGUGAUUUAGAAUCGAUCAAAUUUGCGAUCAACAACUAUGGCACUCCUGUCGAUCAAAGAGACAAGUAUUACAAGACCCCACUGAUGACUGCUUGUCAAUAUGGCAAAAUCAAAGUAACCCAAGCUCUACUAAACAUGGGCGCUGAUUUAAAAUCAAAAGAUAAUUUCUUUUGGACACCCCUUCAUCACGCAUGUCACUGUGGUCAGCUUGACGUUGUUCAACUACUCGUCGAUUCCGGUGCAGACAUUGAUGCUCAGGCAAUCAAUGGAGGAACACCGCUUAUGAGAUCAAUUGAAAGUUCAAAACUAGAUGUUGUAUGCUAUUUAAUUUCAAAAGGCGCCAAAGUUCAGCUGGAAAACAAGAAAGGUGACACGGCAUUAGAUAUAGCGAAGGCGUACGCUGAUCCAAGAGUCAUUGAAGUUGUUCAAAAACGUUGGGAUGAGAUUCCACCUCCAGUUGACAAGAACAAAAAAGGGAAAAAAGGGAAAAAAGGUGGUGGUAGCUCGGCUAAGAAGAAAACAGUGAAGUCUGCCAGUAAUAAAAAGAGUAAAACUGACACUUCUUGUUCAUCACAAGAUAAGGAAGAAAGUAAAGUGGAAAAAGAUCUUCCUCCCUUACUUCCCAAGUCCUCCGUACUGCGAGCGGCAUCUGCUUUGGGUAUUGAUGGAGAACAAGUCAGAUCUAUAGCAUUUAUACCACAUAAAGCCUGGAUACCUCAGACAACAACGGAGGAUCUGUUGCGUGAACGUGAAACGCGAAGAUUACGAUACGGUUAUGAAAUAGAUUUUCCAGAGUAUAAACCACCAUUUCAGAAAAACAUCGACAUUCGCGUAAAAGAAUUAGAGAAACAAGAUAGCUGACCGUUGUUCAACUUCUUUCAGACCGUUGAUGUGUAGAAUGGCACGUUCUAUCAUUACAGUCAAACGAACAGACCUGUGGAAGAAAGAGGCUGUUCAAGCAGACGUUAUUCACGUCCUUUGCUUUUCAUUGGUUAUACUUGUUGUUUAGGAAAAGCCGCGUUAGACUUUAUUGACUUUUGUUGAUAUUUAAAUAUUAUAUUGAGUAUUAAACUUAUUUUAUACUUUUC